UUGUGGUAACAUUUAAUCAAAACGGCCUGUAUUUCAAUAUGGUAUUUUUGUCUUGUUUAUUUUUAUAACCAAAGUUUAAAAAUCAUAAAAAUGAUAAAUUAACAAUGAAAGAAUUGUUUAUUAAAUUUUAUUAUCAAUUCUAACCUUUAUAGUUAUUUAUUAACAAUUAAACUUUCCUUUAAGAAAAAAAUCCACCAUAUAUAAUGCUUCCAUUAUCACAUAAAGAUUCAAAAGGGAUUUGCAAUAAAAUCGGAGAAAAACUUUACGAUUGGAGAAGGCUAAUUUUUGCUGACAAAAAUACCCGUAAUUUAUUUUUAUUCCUACUUCUCAAUCUCUCUUUUGCAUUUGUCGAAUUGAUGUAUGGAAUAUGGACGAACAGUUUGGGAUUAAUAUCUGAUAGUUUUCACAUGUUUUUCGAUUGUACUGGAUUAUUAGCUGGAUUAGUUGCAUCAGUAAUAACAAAAUGGAGAGCUAAUGAACGAUAUUCAUAUGGAUAUGUGCGAGCGGAAGUUUUGGCUGGAUUUGUUAAUGGACUAUUUUUAUUAUUUAUUGCAUUUUUCAUCAUGUCUGAAGCUGUAGAAAGAGCUAUCGAACCUCCAGAAGUCAAACACGAAAGAUUAUUCGUGGUGUCUGUAUUAGGACUUUUAGUAAAUUUAGUUGGAAUUUAUGCAUUCCAACAUGGACAUGGACAUGGACACGGAGGACAUGGACAUAGUCACGGAGGAGCUCCUUUACUAGGUGGAAAUCAUGAACAUGGACAUUCUCAUGGCCAUAAUCAUAAUAGCUAUCAGUAUUUACACAACCACAAUCAUUCUCAUGAUCAUGAUCACAGUGAAAUGGAACUAGAUGUAUCAACUGGAAAAAAUUCCCAAAUAAUGAAAGGAGUAUUUUUACAUAUUUUGGCUGAUACUCUUGGUUCAGUGGGUGUAAUUAUUUCAGCAGUAUUGAUGCAAUUAUUUGGAUGGAUGAUUGCGGAUCCAAUCUGCUCUAUGUUUAUAGCGUUAAUGAUAAUGUUAAGUGUAUUGUCUCUUAUCAAAGAAUCGGCGAUAAUUCUUAUGCAAAGACAGCCUACAGGAUUAGAUCAUGUUUUAAAACAAUGUUAUAAUAAAGUGAUUCAGUUAACUGGAGUGUACGGUAUUCAAGAAACUCAUUUUUGGACGUUAUGCUCAGAUGUUUAUGUUGGUACAGUAAAGUUAGAAGUAGCAAGGACAGCUGAUCCAAAAUAUGUUGUGGCUCAUACUGAAAUGAUAUUCCAAACGAUUGGAGUCAAAUAUCUAACCAUUCAGUUAGAUUAUGCCUCAAUGUGAUAUGUCUUUAUAAUAAAUUAAGUUAUCAAUGACCAAUCAAAUGAUCACAUUCAAAAUAUCCGUAUGUGGUGCUUUUUAUGAAAUUUUUAAAUACAAUUGGCCAUUAACAUUUUUUGAAAUAUAUUAAAAAUAGUAAUCAUUAUUAAUUCCAUUAGUAUAUUCUUUUCAUUACUUUCAUAUAAUAGUAUCAAUUUAUUAAUAAAAAACAUUUUAUUAAUGCAUUUUGGAGCAAUAUUUUGGAGUCAUUAAAAUUUAGAAUUCAAAAUUUAUUCCUUGUAAAUUUUAUCCUUCUAAAAUAUAUCAUAUCAACUGUUUUCUUUUCUUACAUGUUUAUCGAUAUAGAGUUUAUAAAAAAAGCUUAAUGAGAUCCAUUCAAUUUUCCUGUAUUUACGAAUGUUAUGUGUAUGUGAACUUACUUGUAAAUAUCUUUAAUCAUUCUUACUAAUUGCAGUGGUGUAUUCAUUUUUUUGAUAAGAUCCAAGGAAGUUCUAGUUAUAAGUGAAAGAAAAUAUAGCCAAUGAGUUAUAUUUUAAACUACGCAGCUAAUGAGUAAUGUUUUAACCGCAAUGUUAAGCUACUAUAGUUUGAGUGACAACAAGAUCAACAUCUAGAUUAAUUAAAUAGCUCCUUUACUAAAAUUGUAAAGUCUUUAAACUUCAGAGAAACUGAUGGCUAAAGUGAAUAUAAAUGUUGAUUCUUUGGUCAUCUAAACUACAUAUUUUUUUAUGUUGACUAUUAUUUUUAAUCUGCUAGUUUUUUUUUUAAAACAUUCUGCAAAGAAUCCAUUUUCCACCAUUUUAUAUAUUUGUUAAUUUCGUAUAAAAUAUAAUAGUUAAUUAUUUUUAAAGUCUUUUUGUAUU